AUGUUAUUGACUUUCGGUCUUUCAUCAACUUCAUCAUUGCCGACCUGUUUUAUUUCGGCACCGUUUGUCGGCGAAUGGAUACAGCCGGGUCUUGUCGAUUUGAUAACAAUCAAUAAUACAUCGUGUUCAUUAAAAGGAACGUGUAUUAGUACUGUUGGACAACAAGAUGUCAAAAAUAAAUUUAUCUUCUAUAAUGAACAAACAAGAUGUAAACGUUGUGUUUUAUUUAUUCCCAGACAUUUAAAUGCAUUACAAUAUCGAGAAAGCGAAUGCUUCGAUGCAGACGAUGACAAUGGACGUAUUUGUGGAUCAAUCACGCCUGAUACAGUUUUAUAUACACUCUUCCGGGAUAAUGCUGAAUCAACUCCAUGUCCAUUUGAACAAUCAUGGUAUUUCGAAAAAAAUCAUCAAUUAUCAACAUCAUGUCAAUUAAAAUCAUUUCAACAUUGUUUUUCAUCAAAUACAUUCCAAUUAACAUAUAAUAAUCGAUGUCCAACUAAUCAAAAUGUUCAAGCAACAUGUUUUGCACAUUUUACUGAUGGAAUUAUAAAUUAUGUUGUUGCUCGAAGUAUUGAUCGACAACGAUUUGUUUGUUUUUCUUAUACAAAAACAAAACGUGAUGAACAAUCUAUACCGCCAAAUGAAGUUUAUCUAUCUGCAGAUGAUACAUGUAGAGAUUUACUUACACGUGAAUCAGCUAUUGUA